AUGCCCUUAUACCAUUCAACACUCUGGGUCCAUCCUCCAGACACUGGGCUGCAGGUCAAGCGAGCCACCACUGCUCUUCCAAGUGUCACUUUGACAGGUUCUUCUGGAGGAGAUCCUUCUGUUGUUAACCUUUUAAUCAAAAUGGCACCAAAGAAAGACGUGAAGAAGCCCGCUGCUGCUGCUGCGCCUGCCCCAGCCCCGGCCCCGGCCCCGGCCCCUGCCCCAGCCAAAAAAGAAGAAAAAAUCGAUCUGUCUGCUAUUAAGAUCGAGUUCUCUAAGGAACAACAGGAGGAAUUCAAGGAGGCAUUUCUCCUGUUCGACAGAACAGGUGAAUGCAAGAUCACCUUAAGUCAGGUGGGUGACGUCCUCCGGGCUCUUGGCACCAAUCCCACCAAUGCAGAGGUCAAGAAGGUUCUCGGGAACCCUAGCAACGAAGGUAGGUUCCUCUAAGGUCAGUGGAAUCGA